AUGCCUCGGAAACCCAAGUUUAUUCCAGGGCCUUCUCGCCUGUCUGUCAUACUGAAGGAGUUGAAUGAGGAACCAAGGUUAUCCUUGACCUGGCAUUUUGUGAAGGAAGAGCUCGGACGCAUACGCUAUGCCAAUCCACAACUCAACGUGGAGGUCAACAAAGUUCCAAAAUCUCUACAAGACAAUUGGACACCUGAGAUGGUCGUCGAGUUCGAGGACGGAGCCAAGACCACCAUCGACAUUUCAAAUAAAUGGUCCACAUCCAUUACCAAGGAACUAAUGGAUCUUGCUGGUGGUAAUGUAUGGAAAGAGCACAAGGCUGCUGCUCAAGCUGCUGGUCUGCCUAUUCUUCCAGGCGAGGAGAAGGAACGCUUAGCUGCUGCCAAGAAACGGACACCGAAAUUGAGCACGCGUAACCCAGAGAAUCUGGAAGCCAUGGUGGAAAAUAUGUUGUCAUCACCUGAGCGUCCAAAGACCGGAGCUGCUGCCAUAUUACCCUAG